AUGCAUACCGCAUCUACUGCAGCUGGAGCCGUGGUUGCAGGUGCCAACAUGGAUUUGCCAAUGGUAUUACUAAUGUAUAAGAUUUGCUUCCAGGGCAGAUAUGCUGACUCUGAUUUGUUUCCUGGUAUGGAAAGUGCCAUUGAAGACGGAGUAGACAUUUUGUCAAUUUCAAUGGGAGGGGGAAAUGCUCCUUACUACGAGGACGUGAUAGCUAGGGGGACUUCUGCCGCCAUGAAGAGGGCCAUUUUUGUGGCAUGCUCUGCCGGGAAUAUGGGACCCCGUGCAUAUACUGUUCAGAAUACGGCACCCUGGGUAGCCACAGUUGGAGCUCGAUCUAUUGAUCAGGCUUUUCCAGUAAAGAUCAUGCUUGGAAAUGGCAAGUCCUUCAUUGGUUCUUCUCUGUCAAACGCGCUUGGCAUUGGAGCUGGCCACAUCAACCCAAGCUUGGCUGCAGAUCCAGGGCUGAUUUACGAUGCCAAUGGAUCUGACUACACUAACUUUUUGUUUAGUUUAAACUACACAAUCCCAGAUGAAGUCAUUUGCGCUGGUACUCCAGCCAAUCUGAAUUAUCCUUCUUUCUCAGUCGUGUUCAAGCACAACAAUUGCAUUCAAGAGGUAAAGAGAACUCUGACAAAUGAGGGGGCAACACUGCCACAAAAGUACACAUUCAAAAAUUUCAAUCCUCGUUCAGAUUGGGUGGCCAUAACAGUUCACCCACAGAACCUAUAG